AUGGAGGAGACUGAGACGUCUGUCGCUACGAUGAAAGACCUAAUUUGUUUACACAUUCACGAUGAAAGCGGUGAUGAAAAUCAUAGUGAAGGGUGGGGCGCAGACGAAUGUGAUUGGCGUUCGUCAAGUUUGUCAGAGCCACCAUCGCGCUUUUCAAUCGUCGAAUUACCAGCUAAAGUACGUGACUCAGUCUUUCGUAAAGCUAAUAAGCCACAAAAGAAGACUAAGGAACGAUCAAGUACGAUGGAUACCACGCGUACGUCGUCUGCAGACUCGACACCACGUGAUUCUGUGCUUCUUACAAAGACACGACAGGAACUUGAGCAGGUGGAAAUAUUUCGUCGUUUCUGGGACGAAAAACUUCACAUUGCAAUGGAAAGAUUAGCAGGGAGUCAACCAAAGCACAGUGAAGCAUCGGAUGAGGUCUUUUACUUGUUACUCAAGCUUUAUGCUCAUCAAGAUGUCAUUCAAGAGCUCUACAGCACUUACGAUGCUAAUGCGAUCGAAUUUGAAUUCUACAUCCCACAGCUUUGUACCUUUCUCCUUCACGGGAAUUAUCCCAAACAACAUCAACUCGAGUGCUUUUUAAUGUCAAGAAGUGGCGAAUCAUUGCCGUUUGCACAUCGAUUAACGUGGUUCUUACGCUCCUUUUGCAACGAUGCAAAAGAGUAUCAUUCGGAAUACUUGAGUCUCACAGCGUCGGCAGGGCAUGAAAUGUCUGAUUUACUCUACGCAAUUGGCAUGCGAGCAGGAGUACCAGCGUUACUAAUGAAUAGAGGUCUUUGUGUCCAAGAAGUUUCUGCAGUGACACCGCAAAAUUUACAGCAGAGAAAAUCGAUCAUAUUUCCGACUGAUACUGAUCUGGAGGCUUCAAUAUUGGAAACUGAUGAGGCAUUUGCAGGUCAUUUGCUUGGUAAACGAAACAAGCUGCAGCACGAAGCUCGACUAUAUGAAGGAAAUACACAGCAAAAGCAGCUUUUUCAGCAAACGCCUAAGUUUGUAGAAGCUUUGACAGACUUAGCUGAUCAGCUUAUUCCUACGCCUCGUGCUCAGCGUAAUGACCAGUUACGCAGAGGUUUGAUGGAUAUUGAAGCCCAAAUGCUGCCCUCUGAUGUGAUUUACUUGCCGAUUGGAAAUUCAUAUCAUCGCGUCAAAGGUAUCCGAAUCGAAGAGUGUUUUACAUUUUCAACAAAGGAACGAGUCCCUUACUUCCUCUGUGUUGAAGUGCUGGAUUACUCAGUGUCAUCAAGUACUACAAUAUCGAAAAGUCUACGUAAGAGGCGAAAAUCCAAAGUUAGUCUAAACCAAUCGCGGGUCUAUUCCCUCCAACUUCCGUUGAAACAUACCAACUUGGUGCCAAAAUUUUCUGAAGACAACUCGCCAGUAUCCAGUAGUACCUACACGGAAAGUGAGCCGUCGCCUACGUCAAUAAAUGACAUGAAUCAGGGUCAAGACGUGGCAACUCCGACUGGUAACGAAGGAAACGGAGAUGAGAAAGGUAACCAAAGAUCUAUGAUGGGCUUAAACGAAAGUGAACAGUGCCCAAUUGAUGGAGAAGAUCAACAAUGGAAGUUGCCGCAAUCUUAUCGGCAGCUGCGUCGGCACACUUUAAGCGCUUCGAUUCCAUUUGGAGAAAAGGUUGUUCACUCGUCUUUGUGCUCUGAUAUGACGAAGCAAGAAGCUGAUGACGAACUCAAUGGUCUUCAAAUGCAACAUAUGAAAAAUAAUGCUACUUUUUGCUCCGAAGUUGAGAUGUAUGGGAGACCAACUGACAAUACUGUAUCGUUGGAGGUGCCAGAGUCGGUCAUUUCACACUCGAAAACAGAAAGUGAGAAGGAAUGUACCAAAACCGGUCGUUCCAAGCCAGAGAUUGCUGAUAACUUUGUUUCACCGGUAAAGAAAGGACGUCGCUUUUCAAUUUUCUCCAAGAAAACCGCGGAUGUGUCAGCUCCAGCUCCCGUCGCAGUAAAUAUUUCUGUCUCUGGCAAAGAGAAAUCAAAGCAGAACAGACCAAUGGUAGCUGCCAUUUUUGCAAACAAGCUGCAAGAAAAGGUGGAAGUAUCUGCAAACGCAGCAACAUUAGUCAAACCGAGUCCAGAAGUAAUUUGUAACGCUGCAGACAAGACGAAACGAGGAAACAAAAUGGCGCUUGAGUUCAUGGAGAAGGAUGUCGCGACUUCGGCGUUUUCGCAAAAACCCAAUGAAGGACGAAUAUCGGUUGUUCUUGAGGCAGAAGAAGGCGACGCCGAAGAUACAGAUUCUAAUGGAUGCAUAUUUUCAGACGAGGAGAGUUAUGCGCUCGAACCUGAGCCAUCACCUGCUAGACAACCAGCAGCUUCAUUUGUAUCUAUGUUUUUCCGGAAACCUACAGCUGCGUCGAUUGACUCGGAAUCGGAGUAUGCCACGACAAGAGCUGAGGACGCAACUUCAUCUCCUCAAAGCGUAUGUGCUCGAGAAAUUGAGACUUGUGAACGUCGUGUGUCCGACAUUAGUGUACGAGAUAGUGUUUCUGUUCAAAAGUUACGACGUGAUCUUAGUGUAAGUCUUGAUUUUGAGGAUCCACUGGUGUGGAGAGAACGAUUUGAUUUGGAAGAUGAUUCUUCGAACGGAGAUCCUGAAUCUGAAUUGACAGAUUGCGAUGCACUCGUCGAUGAGGAGAAUGGAGAGAUACAUCAGUUAGGUGAAAGUAAAACGCCGAAGGUUGUUUUUCGAGAGUACUGGCAAGAUAAGGAAGCACGGAUUCGCCGUGAUUCACCGUUCGGAGAUCAUCCUGGAUGGCGCCUCCUCUCAGUCAUCGUAAAAAGCAAUGAUGAUUUGCGUCAAGAGCAAUUUGCAGCGCAAUUAAUUGCCCAGUGUGACCGAAUUUUUCGCGAGUAUUCACUUCCGCUCUCCUUAAGACCCUAUAACGUUAUCGCCACAUCUGCAAAGACUGGUUUGAUUGAAGCUGUUCCUGACACAGUUUCUCUUGAUUCACUUAAGCGCAACGAUUCACGCUACACGUCUCUUUUAGAUUUCUACAUUCGACUCCAUGGUGACAAAGAUUCUAGACGCUUUGCUCGAGCACAACAAAAUUUUGUCGAAAGUCUUGCUGCCUAUUCAAUCGUCUGCUACGUAUUUCAAAUCAAGGACCGCCACAAUGGCAACAUAUUAGUUGACGCGGAUGGGCACGUUAUUCACAUCGACUUUGGCUUUUUGCUUACAAACAGCCCCGGUAGCAAUUGGAAUUUUGAGCGCGCUCCAUUCAAGCUUACAGACGAAUUUGUUGAGCUAAUGGGUGGUCCCAGCAGCGUAACCUUCCGGUAUUUUCGCUCACUUUGCAUUCGUGCAUAUUUGGCGUUGCGUCGCAACAUGGAUCAGCUUGUGCUUCUUGUUGAGAUGAUGCUUGUGGGCAAUGCAGACUUGCCGUGUUUUGCUGGUGGCAAGAAAGCUGUUAUUGAAGGCCUUCGAAUGCGACUGAAACCGGGCGCUCGAACGAGUGCGUGCCAAGUCUUUGUGAACCAGUUGAUUGACCAAUCCAUUAACAAUUGGCGGACACGCUGGUAUGACAAGUACCAACGAGCUUGUCUUGGAAUUCUGUAG